UUCACCUUCAACAACGGUAACACAGUGACACUGGGGUUAGUGGGAUCUGUGAAGACAUUACCCCAGUAAUCACCAUCCAUCUGAGGUUCACCAUCUAAAAUCAGAAUGGUGAGUCAAGGUGAAAAAAAACCCACCUGUGGGACAAUUUGUUUGAAAUAUCUACUUUUUCUCUUCAACAUUCUCUUCUGGCUGGCAGGUGGGGCUGUGCUGGCAGUGGGAGUGUGGACCCUAGUGGAAAAAAGCAGCUACAUCAGUUUAUUGAAUUCCAGCCUCUAUUCAGCUUCAGCUUACACCCUGAUAGCUGCUGGAGUCAUUGUAAUUGUGACUGGGAUAAUUGGUUGCUGUGCCACUCUGAAGGAGAUGAGGAGUCUUUUGAUUGUGUAUUUGGUUUUGUUGUUCUGCAUUUUCCUGGUGGAAAUCAUUGCUGGUAUCCUGGCUUACAUUAACUACCAAAAGUGUUUCCCUUUCUGCCACCAGCUGGAUGAAGAGCUCAAACAGAACCUGCAGACGACCAUGCAGCAGAAAUACCAGCAGCUAGGAGAGGAAAGCCUCACACAGGCUGUGGACAAAUUACAGCAGGAGUUUAAGUGUUGUGGAAGUUACAAUUCCUCAGACUGGCGAGACAGUGUGUGGAUCCAGACAGCAGGGAAUGACAGGCUUGUUCCUGAUAGCUGCUGUAAAACUCCUGGAGAACUCUGUGGCCGCAGGGACCAUCCAUCCAAUAUCUACAGGGUGGAGGGAGGAUGCAUCCAGAAACUAGAGGACUUCAUUCUGAGUCAGCUAUAUAUUCUUGGGGCAGUGGGUAUUGGAACAGCAUUUCUUCAGCUUGUGGGGAUGAUGUUCACUUGCUGCCUUUAUCGUAACUUGAAAGAUGACCCUUACUGAUUUUGAACUCUUUUUAAUGUUUCAAUAUUGUAAACUCUACUCACAUACAAACACUACAGGCAAUUUAAUGCUGCUGGGCAGCACUGCAAAAUUCCAGUGCAUUGUGUAUUAUGCAUUUUAUGAUAAAGAAAUUUAUGUGCAGAUAAACUUAAAAAAAGAAGAAAAAAGAAAGAAAGAAACACACAUUUAAAUAAGCUGAGGAUUAACAUGUGGUUAAUUUUGCAGUUAGUGUUAGUCUUUAGUGUUUUGUUUUUCUUUAACAAAAAAAAGAAAAAAAAAAACGUACCACAAACUAUGUACGGUGGCUGUAACUUAAAAAAACA